AUGGACGGCCUGGGGGAUGACGAUGGCAUGGGCUUCGACAUGAAGUCCAUGAUGAUGAACCAGCAGGCUCAGCUCUACGGUAACUACUCUCAUGACGGCCAGAUGGCUGGUAUGUCCGGAGGCUCCAUGUACGACGACUCGGCAUUGGGCGCGGGGGAGGAAUCCAACGAUGCGAAACGGCGACGGAUUGCGAGGGCAUGCGACAUGUGCCGGAAGAAGAAGAUCAAGUGCGACGGCAAAAUGCCCAAGUGCUCACACUGCAUCAACUAUAAGACGGACUGCGUCUUCACGCAAGUGGAGAAGAAGCGGAACCCACCCAAAGGUGCCAAAUACAUCGAGGGCUUGGAGAACCGCUUGGGGCGCAUGGAAUCCCUCUUGCGAUUGUCCGGCCUCUUGUCGGAGGACGACAAUGGAAAGACAGAUCUGGGCACUCUAGAAAAGCGACUGGCCGAUCGAACGAAUGCCUUGAACACGGCGGGAAAUGCGAAACAAUUUACCGCGCCGAGUUCACUCCGGCAAACAUCGACCUCUCGCAUCGCCACACCCGUCAUGGAUUCGCAGUCCAGCCCGCCCACCGCCGCCACCACCACUACAUCACCCGAAUCACAAAAUCAGUCCGAGGGAGAAGUCGAGGCACUGUCGGAUAUGAUGUGCUCUCUGGUUACCAACAAUUGCGGAGAGACUCGGUACAUUGGGUCUUCCUCCGGAUUCUCCAUCUUUUCUCCAAAGGGCAUUCAAUGGGUCAACGAAAAGACAGGAGACACUUCAUUCCAAGAGAUGAUCUCGUCGGCGUACGUGGAUGACAAUAAGUGGAUGUACUGGAAGCCGGAGAUUUUCAGCGACAUCUUCGCCCGCCGUGUGUUCAAACCGCUUCCCCCGAAAGAGGAGGCUCUUUCUCUAUUCAAGGACUUCUUUGAGAAUUUCAAUUGCAUGUUCCCGCUAUUCCACGAGGCGACGUUCAUGCAUCUGGUGGACCGACAAUAUUCUCGCGACCCUUACGAGGGUUCCGGAUGGUGGGCGAGCAUCAACGUCGUGCUGGCCAUCUCCCACCGCCUCCGUGUCAUGAGCAAUCUGGUACCACACGAGGAAGACAAGAAAGCAUGGCUAUAUUUGAAGAAUGCCAUGGGUGUCUUGACAGAGUUGACUAUGCGUAAUACCGAUCUCUUGAGUGUACAGGCACUUUUGGGCAUGUCGCUCUUCCUACAGGGUACUCCUAACCCUCAACCAGCUUUCUUCCUGGUGGCCGCGGCAAUUCGUCUCUCCCACAGCAUCGGGUUGCACAAACGCGGCUCGGGCUUCGGACUGAACCCAGUGGAGGUGGAGCAGCGGAAGAGAGUUUUCUGGAUUGCAUACUGCCUCGAUAAAGACAUAUGUCUUCGAUCUGGUCGGCCACCGGUGCAAGAUGACGAUGAUAUGAAUGUUGAGCUGCCGAGCGAGGACCCGCCAGACAAUGUUGGCAACGUCCCACUUGCUGAUGGCAAGGGCAAAUUCAACCUCUUCAGAUCCCUGUGCGAGUUCGCUACCAUUGAGAGCAGCGUGUAUAAGAGACUCUACUCCGCCAAGGCCUCAAAACAGUCCGAUGGCGAAUUGCUCAACACUAUUGGUGAACUUGACAAGGAGUUGGAAGACUGGAAAGACAACAUCCCUAUCGAUUUCCGCCCCGAAUAUGAAAUCCAAGCAACUCACGGCCCACUUCUACUCCACGUUGUCGUUCUCCACUUUGCAUACUAUAAUUGUCUAACCACGAUCCACCGCAUGUCUGUGCAUCACGGAUAUUGGACCAGCCGUCUAUCCAACUAUGCAAUUCAAGGUCUUAAUGCGCGACCCUUGAACCCCAGGGUAUUCCUGUCCGCAGUUCUUUGCGUGACUGCUGCGAGGGCAUCAAUCAAUCUGAUCAAGUACAUUCCACAGGGAGACUUUGCUUGUGUCUGGUUAAUACUCUACUAUCCAGUGUCUGCACUAGUCACUCUCUUUGCCAACAUUCUCCAAAAUCCAAGUGACGCUCGUGCCCGUUCCGACGUCAAGCUGAUGAAUGUUGUCGUCAAUUUCCUCUCCACUCUGGUUUCUGAUGAAUCGAACGGUAGCAUCAAGCGCAUGCUGGGUCUAUGCGGUGAAUUCGAGAGAAUUGCCAAGGUCGUCCUUGACAAGGCGGAGAAAGAAUCCCAUGCGCGCAAAAAGCGCAAGAAUGCACCAGAGGACGAGACAACCGAGGGACGGCGCGACCCCUCUGCCAAUAAGCCUUCACACGCACCGCCAUCGUCAGCGCCUUUUUCACCAUCCAUGUUUAUGAAUAACCCCAACGCCGCAACAUCUCCUCUCGGUGACACCAAUGGCUUUGGUGCAAACCAAGGUAUGCCUCCAACCACCGGCAUGUCCAGUGACCUACCGAGCAAUAUCAGCACAAUGCCUGGUCUCCAACAAGACUUCCCAAACAUGUUAAGUCCUGAUCAUAUGGCCAAUGCGGGCUUCUCCGAUCAAAACUCCUUCCCCGCUAGCCCGAAUAUGCCAUCCUUCCAACAGCCCUUUGUACCACAAGACCUUUGGCAGAUGCCAAUGACGAUCGAGUGGGACUGGGCUGACUUAUCUACGAAUUUUCCUGUCUUCGAAUCCGGGGGCGCUGGCCAACCGCCUGCGCAGUGA